CGGACCUAGCCUUACCCUUCAAUCCCCGCGGAUCCUUUUACAACAACGGGAAUGAUCUGCAAUACUUAUGUACCUGCGAUAAUCCAAGUCAGCGCUAUCAUCUCCCGCUGCUUCUGAAUAACUUCCCGACGGAGCUUGAAAAGCCAGAGGGAAGAACCCAGGAGAUUUGGAGGGAUCAGAAAGAAAAAGGACGGGAAAGUAAUUUUUAGGGUUUUCAGGCGAUGGCUUUAAAGUUUCUGAACAAGAAAGGAUGGCACACGGGGAGCCUUCGGAAUAUCGAGAACGUGUGGAAGGCGGAGCAGAAGCACGACGCCGAGCAGAAGAAGCUCGAGGAGCUCCGCAAGCAGAUCCACGAGGAGCGCGAACGAUCCGAGUUCAGGCAGCUCCAAGAGGCGGCUGGCCUCGUCCCACGGCAGGAGCGGUUGGAUUUCCUGUAUGAGUCGGGGUUGGCGGUGGGGAAGGGGAGCUCCGAUGGGUUCAAGGCGCUCCAAGUCCAGUCUUCAGGUGGGGUUUCGACCACUGCAGCGGAGUCUAGCUCGUCUAAGGCUGCUGUUCCUGGAGCUUUAUUUGAGGAGAAACCUCAGUCAGCAAAUGAUGCAUGGAGGAAGCUGCAUUCUGAUCCAUUACUUCUAAUCCGACAAAGGGAGCAGGAGGCACUUUCUAGGAUAAAGAAUAACCCUGUCCGGAUGGCUAUGAUUCGGAAGUCUAUUGAAUCUGGGAACAAGCAGCAGGAGGUUAAGAAGGAACGCCAAAAGAAAAGAAAUAAACACAAGCAUGAUCAGAGCAAUUCAAAGGAUAAAAAUCUAUCUAAAUCUCAAUCAGAUUCUGAAUAUGAAGAUCAUCGGAGACGAGAUCGUUCACCUGAAUGGCAACAACACAGUAAUGCCGAGGAUAAGGAAGAUCGGAGAAAUGAAGAAAAGGAAGGCAAAAGGAAGAUAAAUCAUACGACCAAACGGCGUGAGAACAGCAAUGAAAAUGUUGAGAAACAUUCAUCUAUAGUUCGUAGUGAUGAUUUAAAAUCUGAUCGCCAUAAACACUCAGAACAUGACAAUCACUCUUCCAGAGACCAUUUCGGUGACAAAUAUGCAGGUCAUAGUGAGCAGAAAAAGAGGUCCGAUAAUUAUGAUAUCAGAAAAUCAAAUGAUAGGCAUUCAUCUAAAUUAUAUUCCAGCCCAAAACACAGAAUCAGUGUCAAUGAAGAGAAGAGGAGUGACGCAUUAACAACAAAGCAUAAUUUAGACGCAAGGAAUACAGAGAUCCACUCUCAGAAACAGAAACAGAACACUGGAUAUAAUAAUCGUCGAGGUGUUCCAAAGAUGACAGAGGAGGAGAGGGAAGCACGGUUGCGGGAGAUGCAAAUGGACGCCGAGCUCCAUGAGGAUCAGAGGUGGAAAAGGUUGAAGAAGGCAGCUGAGGCUGAUGCCUUGGAGGCAAAGCAGGCUACGUAUUCCAGAGGAAAAAGUUUCUUGGAUGCAACGCAAAAGAGUGUUUAUGGAAUGGGGGUGGGAGGGAGCGCUACAAUUGAGGAGAGCGUAAGGCGUCGAACAUAUUAUUCUCAAGGACACUCUGCCCAUGAAAGCAAUGCUUUCAGGAGAUGAGCAAAGUAUGUUAUUGUUAUACAAUUUAUUGCAUUCUCGUAUUUUUUUUUCCAUCAGGCCAAGUGUGUAUCUAUACAACAAUGAGCAUUUUCAGCUGGAAUAAAGAAGUGAUCUUAUGAUGGAUUUGCAAAACGGAA